AUGGAAGAAACUGGUACUUUGUUUUAUGUGUGUAAUGCUGCAACUGAUGUGAAGGUAAAUCACUCUUGGUAUAUUGACAGUGGUUGUAGUAACCACAUGACAAGAGAUGAGGGACUCUUACUGAAUAUUCAAAGGGAUUUGACCUCUAAGGUGAAGAUAGGAACUGGAGAAGUAGUUCCAGUAGCUGGAAAAGGAACUCUGGUGAUCAAAACCAAGUUGGGUAAGAAGAACAUUCAUGAAGUAAUGCUUGUACCUGGUCUUGAAGAAAACUUGCUUAGUCUUGGGCAAAUGAUGGAGUAUGGAUACCAUCUUGUGUUUGGAGGAAAUAUGGUGAAUGUCUAUGAUGAUCAGUCACUGGAAAAUCUUAUUGUGAGGAUGCAAAUGACAAACAACAGAUGUUUUCCACUUAUAAUGAUGCCUGCCAGGGAUAGGCUUUGA